UCACUUUAGGCUGUAUAAUUCCUCUUGCCAACAUCUUUACGCAUGCCCAACCCGUUAAUCCUAAAUUCAGAAUGUAAAUUUUGUCUUCACAAAAGUUAUGUGAACCUUAUGUGGAAAAUGCAAUUACUGGGAAAACUGUUUUUCAUCAUUGGCUUCUUUUAAAUAUGCACAAUAUUGAAACCAUGAUUUGGAUUCUACACGCUAGGCAGUCAAUCAUCACCUCUUAGUAUUGUUGAUAUUCUUUGUCUUUUAUUUUUGGUUUCAUAUAUUCCUAUUUCUUCCAUCUACUCAAAAUAAAUGCUCACACAUUUUUAUUUUUUCUUUUUUCUUUUUUCAAAAUGAUCUGUGGGGAUUGCCCUUCCUUCUGGGUCCGACAAAGCUUUUCUCAUGUAGCAAUGACAAAACUGUACCUCAAUGGGACUGCAAUACUGGAUGAGAUCAUACUAGGCUGGAAAUCCAGUUUUGUAACCAGUUUCCCUGAACUGGUUACAUCGCUGAAGGGUUACACCUGUGUUGUGCUUUCGCUCAUUGUUGGAGUCAAUAGGCUCUAUUUUGGUUCCAUGGACAAGACGGCUAGGAUCUUAUGCUGUGAUUCACAUCUGCUCAUAUCAUCCAAAAUUGAGAUUGUUGUUACAACCAUCAGCACAUGCUGCUUGGAAGCAAAAGCGAAGCCGCCUGUUCUUAUUGUGCAGCUUAAUGUUAUACACAUGCUAGCUGAUCUGAAUGUUUCUGUCAAGAGGCCCGAAGUGGUGGAUGUGAUAUUGCCACUCUUUAUUAAAAGUCUAUAAAAUGGUGAUGCUUGAACGCCCGACUUAUUGCGAUUCUGAUUUCUUGAUGUUGUUUCUUGCACGGUGUGUCUAGAUUUUUAAACAUCCGGAAUGUGUUGAGGCUUUCAUUUGAUUGCGAUCAGUCUUAGCUGCACUAAAUUGAGGUGAGGCUAUCGGCAUCGUUUGCUAUCUUUGUGCUCAGAUGUAGG